CCCGCUGCUCCGGCCCAGGCACCUGCCUCCCCCGGCGCAGCCCCCCAGCCCGGGCCCCGCCCCGCCGACCCUCCCGCCCCUCGCCUGCACUGCUCUCUCUACGCCAGGGGAAGCGGCAACAUCCCGGUAACUUGCGGACUGUGGCGCAACUGGUCUCGGCAGCGGAGGCUCCGAAUGCUGCCCGGGUGAGGAACCUGGGAAGGAAAACAAUCUCAACAAUGAAUAGGCCACCCAUCACUACCAACUACAGAUGACUUGCUUUUUCAUUUACAAAGAUGUCGUCUGCUGCUGAAAAUGGAGAAGCAGCUCCUGGGAAACAAAACGAAGAGAAAACCUACAAAAAGACUGCAUCAUCUGCUAUUAAAGGUGCUAUUCAACUGGGGAUAGGCUACACAGUGGGAAAUCUCACGUCCAAGCCAGAACGAGAUGUUCUCAUGCAAGACUUUUAUGUGGUGGAAAGUGUUUUCCUACCCAGUGAAGGGAGCAAUCUGACCCCAGCACAUCACUACCCAGACUUCAGAUUUAAGACAUAUGCUCCACUAGCCUUCCGGUAUUUCAGAGAACUUUUUGGUAUCAAGCCUGAUGAUUACUUGUAUUCCAUCUGCAGCGAACCUCUAAUAGAGCUGUCCAACCCUGGAGCCAGUGGAUCCUUGUUUUUUGUGACCAGCGAUGAUGAAUUUAUCAUCAAAACAGUUCAGCAUAAGGAAGCUGAGUUCCUUCAGAAGCUUCUGCCAGGCUAUUACAUGAAUUUAAACCAGAACCCAAGGACUCUUUUGCCAAAAUUUUAUGGACUGUAUUGCAUGCAGUCGGGAGGCAUUAACAUCAGGAUUGUGGUGAUGAACAACGUCUUGCCACGGUCGAUGAGAAUGCACUUCACGUAUGAUUUGAAAGGCUCCACGUAUAAGCGAAGAGCAUCCCGAAAAGAGAGAGAGAAAUCCAGCCCCACUUUUAAAGACUUAGAUUUCCUGCAGGACAUGCAUGAAGGGUUGUAUUUUGACACGGAAACGUACAAUGCCCUCAUGAAAACACUUCAGAGAGACUGCCGGGUGCUGGAAAGCUUCAAGAUCAUGGACUACAGCCUUUUGCUGGGAAUCCACAUCUUGGACCAUUCCCUCAAAGAGAAAGAAGAGGAGACCUCACAAAAUGUGUCUGAUGCUAAGCGGCCCGGGAUGCAGAAAGUCCUCUACUCGACAGCCAUGGAAUCCAUUCAGGGGCCAGGGAAACCUGGAGAUGGGGUCAUCACAGAGAACCCGGACACAAUGGGAGGCAUUCCAGCUAAAAGCCAUAAAGGUGAAAAACUACUUUUAUUUAUGGGCAUUAUUGACAUUCUACAAUCAUAUAGGUUAAUGAAGAAGUUAGAACAUUCCUGGAAAGCUCUUGUUUAUGAUGGGGACACUGUUUCAGUGCACAGACCAAGUUUUUAUGCAGACAGAUUCCUUAAGUUUAUGAAUUCCAGAGUUUUCAAGAAAAUACAAGCUUUGAAGGCCUCACCUUCUAAGAAACGUUGCAAUUCCAUUGCUGCCUUAAAGGCAACCUCACAGGAGAUUGUGUCUUCGAUUAGCCAGGAGUGGAAGGAUGAGAAGCGAGAUUUGCUGACCGAAGGACAAAGUUUUAGCAGCCUUGAUGAAGAAGCCCUGGGAUCCCGACACAGGCCAGACCUGGUCCCUAGCACUCCCUCGCUGUUCGAAGCUGCCUCCUUGGCGACCACAAUUUCAUCUUCCUCCUUAUAUGUCAACGAACAUUAUCCUCAUGACAGGACGACGCUUUAUUCAAACAGUAAAGGGUUACCUUCCAGUUCCACAUUUACCUUGGAAGAGGGGACCAUCUACCUGACUACUGAGCCGAAUGCUCUGGAAACGCAGGAUGAUAAUGCCUCUGUGCUUGAUGUCUAUUUAUAAGUGAAAAUGAUGACCACCAAGCACAUGAUGAGACAGGAACACAGUUAUGGGAAGGAAGUUUCUCCACUCCAGAAGGAUCCAAAGGAAAACUUGGCCGACGCCCACUACACACAGAGCAACCGUCACCUGGAUCUAGACGUCUGCGGGAUGUCGGGGCGGCCUCGGCCCACGAUCAGCAGCUGGGAUGUGGACGAUGCCACCCUGGUCUGUCAUUCGCUGUUGUUUGCUCAACUGUGAAGAGCUGCAUGAACUCUGGUUAAGCUGCUUUCUCUACCAUUGCCAAUCACCUUUUUCACCUUGGAAGUGCUCUUUUCCUGUGGACUCUUGCAUUAUCUCAUUUUGCAUGUAUCCUGUGAUUACACAUAAGCAACAUAUGUAAUCUGCUUAUAUAUUUUUGAAAAUCCAUCCAUGCAAAAUGAUAAAUAAAGAAUAAAUUCUGCUCUUUUUUUUUUCAAAAUUGUAAUCAUAGCCCAUGUCAUUUAAAGUUUAAAUUGGUUUCAUUUAAAGAUCAGUGUCAUAGGUCUGCCUAUCCUUUAUAGAAAACUAGCUUCUAUAAAGAUUUUUUCACUGUUUACUAGUGAAAUGAGAAAAGCAAAGCUAUUUAUAAAAGGCCUUAUGUCGUGUACAUACAUUGUCUUUGAAAUAUUUGUGAUUUAGUUUAUUGCUUGUAAAAGAGAGUAUAUAAUUUAUUUAGUAAAUACGACUGUAAACUAUAGUUUUAUUG